AUGGACACGGGGCUUGUGGCGGGUCUCGGGGCAGCAGUGCUGCUGUGGAAGCUUCGGGGAGGGCUCAUCCCUGGAAUCCCCCAGGGGAUCCUGCUGCGUGGUUAUGAGCAGAUCCUGAAGCUCACAGCUGAUGUCAAGUUUGAGUCAGGCGAUGUGAAGGCCACAGUAGCAGUGCUGAGUUUCAUCCUCUCCAGUGCGGCCAAGCACAGUGUCGAUGGCGGAUCCUUGGCCAGUGAACUGCAGCAGCUGGGGCUGCCCAAAGAGCACACGGCCGGCUUGUGCCGCUGUUAUGAGGAGAAGCAAAGCCCCUUGCAGAAGCACUUGUGGAUCUGCAGCCUACGCAGCAAGUAUGAGGCCAGCCAGGGUCCAGGCUCCUUCUAGAAGGUGCAUGCAGCACGCAAAGUGCAUGGAGAGUCCAGCGGGAUGACUUAACCAUGGUCACAUACCAAGCAGUUGCAGAGCUGGGACCUGGCCCUGGCUCUCCUGACUCUGCGGGCUGUGUGAUGUGUACAUACAAGAUCAGAUCUUGCCCUUUCCUCCUGGCUGACCCUUCCCUAGUCCCCUGUGCCCCAUGUGUGAGCACCCAGCUCUCUCUUAUUCCUCUCUCUCUGAAGCGUGGUCCCUGGGAGCAUGAGUGACAGAAGGGGCAGCAGAGACUGUGGAACCCUCAGCUGCACCUAAGACCUCUGUGUGGUCUAGCUGUGUGUGCUGGGGGAGGCUUUUGGCCACCAUUUCCCCCUCUGUAAUUGAGACCGAUACCUGUGGCAUGGAGGGCGGGAGGCCGGUGUGAGUGCCAAGCACUUGGAGCAGUGCCCUGAGUGAACAUGGACGUGGAAAUGGGUGUUCCUUGACUUUAUGCACCUUGGGUACAGGAGUGGGGCUCCCUGCCUGGGUUGACAAUUCAUUGCUUUCCCCCACUCCACCUCUUUCCCAGCCCUACAAGUCCAGUCCUUGGGGGAGGGAAAAAGCCCCUGGCUGUGUGACCUUGGGCUGCUGCCUGGCUCUCUCUGACUCUGAGUUCCUGGGAACAUCAGCACCCAAGGCAUGCCCUCAAGUUUAGUGCCUUGACAAGAAGGGUGGAGACACUGGGAUCAGGCCCAACCCUUUGGCCCCAAACACUGUGGUCCCAGCUGGAGGAUGAGGAGGUGCUGGGCUUGGAUGGGGGAAUCAGGGGUAUAAAGGGACCUGCUCACCCCUCAGCUUGGCUCAAAGGCUCAAGGCGUCAAUGGUUGAGCCUGCCCCUCAGGAAGCAGCCCGGGCCCAGCCAGACACUCACCAGGACGAGGGCAACUCUGAUGCGCAGGAGGCCCAGGAUGAGGAGAGCCACGGCAUAGCUGGAGAUGAAGACGUCCAGCGGGCUGGAGGCUUUGGGGCCAGGAGUGCCUAGAGCAGAGCUAGAAGGCUAUGACCAGGUGGGGCCCUGCCUCCCAGACUUCUGAGAAGGCAGACUCUGGGCCCAGAAGGUGCUAUGGGACCAGAGAUCUGGGGCCAGGAACAUCUUGGAGGGCUCCAUGAUGAGGGGAGGCAGGCUUCAGAUCAGGGCAUGUGGAGUAGGCAGAUGGACAGAGGGAGAGGGCCUGCAGAGGGAAGGAGGUACUGACUGAGGUCUGGGAUGACGGGUGUGCAGACGCUGGUGCAAACAGUCCCAGGAAGCUUUUACUCCUGGCGGGAGGCAAAGACGGAGCAGACCUGUCGCAUGGUGAGAGAGGAAGAAAGAGAGAGGAGGCAUCAGGCUCUUUUUAACAACCAGCUCUCCUGUGAACUGAUAGAAAAUUCACUCCUUGAAUCACAUUAAGCUGGGAGUUGGAGGGUGCAGUGAGCUGAGAUCGCACCACUGCACUCCAGCCUGGGCUGUGAGUGAACUCUCUCAAAAAAAAGAAAAAGAAAGAAAAAGAAAAAAGAAAACUCACUCAUUACCAUGGGGAGGGCACUAAGCCAUUCAAGAGGGCUCUCCCACCAUGACCCAAACACCUCACACUAUAGGCCCCACCUCCAGCAUUGGGGAUCACAUUUCAACACCAGAUGUGGAUGGGACAAGUAUCCAAACUAUGUCAGAGGCCUCCACCUCCCUCUCAUCAGAGUCUUCUGUCCUCAGUUCAGGUGCAUGCUGGCCUCCAUGCCUGGCUUCCUAGGAAAUCAUCUUGGCCCCAAGGGGUUGGGUAGGGCCACUAGGCUGAGGGUGGGAGCCCUACCUCUCCUAGUCCCAGCCUGGGUCUCCAUCACUGGCUAGCCCACUCUGCUUGCUGCGUUCUCUCCACACCUGUUCCCUGCAGCCCAGGGGUCAGUCUGGGUGCAGGCCUGGGUAGAGGUUCAGAAGCAGAUUCUGUACCCCUGGAGCUCAUAACUCCUGUGCACCAUGGCAGCCAAAAUGCACCAGCAUGGCCAGGAGCGCUGGCUUGUCCCUGUAAUCCCAGUGUUUUGGGAGGGUGAGGUGGAAAGCUCUUGAGACGAGCCUGGGCAACAUAGCCAGACCCUGUCUCUACAAAAAAUAAAACUAGGCAUG